CUGUCAUGUCAAUUUAGGAAACGCGAUGUGUUCCUGAAAAUGUGUGUUUUCGUGUGAUAUCCAGUUAUUACUUUUAUAUUAAUAAUCACGUAAUGUGACAAUAGUAUAAUCGUUUUAGAUAUAUAGUUUUAUUGAUCUAACAAGAGAUCUGAAUAGUGGUUAGACUAGAUAAGUGUUCAACAUGGUGCGAAGACGGUCAUACAUUUUGGGCGCUAUGGCGUUUGCGGUGAUGUGGGCAGUGGCAUCGGCCAGUGAUGCACAAGGAGUAUCUUCAACAGCUGCCACGGAGCGCGCGGCCACCACCGGGAGCUUCUGGCAAGGCUUUCUAGCCUCCCUGUCAGUGGUCAUAGUCUCCGAGCUUGGCGACAAAACCUUCUUCAUCGCCGCCAUAAUGGCCAUGAAGCACCCACGCAUCAUCGUCUUCGCCGGCGCGAUAUCAGCUCUCGUCUUCAUGACCAUACUCUCCGCGGCCUUCGGAUGGAUCGCGACGUACAUACCAAGGAUAUACACGUAUUACAUCAGUGCGGCGCUGUUCGCGAUCUUUGGGCUGAAGAUGCUGAGAGACGGGUGGAAAAUGGACCCGAAUGAAGGGCAGGAGGAGUUAGAGGAGGUGCAGAGUGAAUUGAAGAGGAGGGAGGAUCAGGAUGAAAAAGAAGAAACUCUAGAAAUGCUAGAGCAGGGUCAAGCAGAGAACAAGCGGCGGAAACGAAACGCCGUUAUUAAGGUGCUCCUCCAAGCGGCGACGCUAACCUUCCUCGCGGAGUGGGGCGACCGGUCGCAGCUGGCGACGGUGGUGCUGGCCACGCGCGAGAACACCGUCGGCGUGGUGGUGGGCGGCUCGCUGGGACACGCGCUGUGCACCGGCCUGGCUGUCGUGGGGGGUAGGAUGGUCGCGCAGAAGAUAUCUGUUAGGACUGUGACAAUAAUCGGUGGCUUGGUGUUCCUCUUCUUCGCCGUGAGUGCGCUCUUCAUCGGCCCCGACUAAUGUAGACAAUGUACGUGUAAGUGACAAUAGUAUGAUAGUUCCUUGUGCACUUAAUAUUACGUGCUGAGAACGAUUUUGUUAGAGCUAGUGUUGCUUAGGGCCAGUUCAUCAAACACAGUUAACAGACAUUAACGUAACGCAGAAAUUCCCAUAUAAAAAAAAUACGAACGCUAAAUUUAGUUUGGUGCAACCGACAAUUACGGCCCGGCCACGACAUUGGUCUAAGCGCGAUAUCGGUGAGCGGCGGCCAUACAUUGGAGCGAGACACAGCGAUGUGACUUUUCAUUCGCACGUAUGGCUGCCGGUCACCGCUGUCGCGCUUAGACCAAUGUCGUGGCUGGGCCGUUACGCUUAGGACUCAAUUAUUUUGAUUUACCAUAGUCGACAUUUUUUAAGCGCUUAGCAGAAAUGAGUAAGGUUUUUAUUAAGACUCAAAAGACUUGAGUUCACAACACUAGCUCAACCUCAAUUGUUUUUAACUUUAUUAAAACUUGAGAGACCGAUUCUAAACCUAGUAAGAAUCUAGGAAUUUCACUAUCUGCCGGAUCUUACUAUUGGCCGCCGACAUAUGCCACUGGUCCCACAUGCGAUGAGCAAUCGGUGAUAGAAACGGAACAAAAGAUAGUCGCUCCUGUGUAAAGAAAAGAGAGAGUGAGAGAUUAGUUCAUCGCUCGGUGACGAACUUGCUUUUGGUGCCUAUAGAUUGUUUCGGCUAUUACAACCCAGCCACGACAUUGGUCUAAGCGCGACAGCGGUGAGCGGCGGCCAUACGUGCGAAUGAAAAGUCUCAUCGCUGUGUCUCGCUCCAAUGUAUGGCCGCCGCUCACCGCUGUCGCGCUUAGACCAAUGUCGUGGCCGGGCCUUUAUGGCAUAUAUAUUAUAUUGACUAAUUUGUAAUGUGUCAAAUUCAAUGAAAUGUACUUAGUUUUCGUCUUGGACGCGUAAACAUUUAAUUUUUCAGAGAAAUUGUCAAGAUGACUUUUUAAAUAAUAAUUUUGAUGUAAAAAAUAUUAGGACUAUCUGUAUAGUCGCCAUCAGAAAACGCAUUUUGUCACAUACUACUGACGGGACGAUUAUAUUAUUAUAGUCUGUCAAAAUCUUUGUCAGUUGAAAAAGAGGGAAAAUUCAAUUCUUGUAGGUAUGAAUGAGACGAUAAUCUUUUGCAUGUUUUUUUAUUUUCCGUUUUUUUUCAACUGACAAAAGCGAGUAACCAAUAAAAUAUUGUUGGAACGUUGUUCAAUAUCGGCACUACUUUGAAAAAAACUUGUAUCUUCUUCUGUGAAUGAAGAGAAAAAUGUAUUAAGUGUGUAUGGAAUGCAUAUAGACUUACUACGUUUUGUCUUUGAGGAGCAGUGUGAGAUACGAGAUUUUUCAAAGUAGUGACGAUAUAAAUUAAUAGUUUUGUAUCUGUAUGAAAAUUCCAUGUUACUGUUACUAUUGUAAACUCAUUGGUUAAGAUAACAUAACGGUAUUUAUGAAAUUAAAAGCGCACGCAAAGCGCACGAAAAAAAAUGCAUUUUAGAGUUAGGCUAUUGAAUCUUUUAUGACAUACCUCAUAAUAAGAAAAUUAUCUGCGAAGUAGUACAUUACGAUACACGUGCGGAAAAGUUCGAAACGAGUGUAAAUUAAAACACGUCCGAAGGGAGCUUCCUGUUUUCCGCACUUGUAUCGUAAAGUAGUAUUGUUUAGUUCAUUUUGUUCAAGAGUGCUGCAGAAUCAAUUUGUACGUACAAAGAUGUGUUAUGUUAAGUACCUAGAGCAGUAAUGCAAGAAAUAUAAUAGAUCAUAUGGAAUUGUCGGCCGAAUCGAAGGAGAGUUCGACAAAUACCUACGUGAUUUUAUUAUUUCUUAUUUUCUGCAGCAGUAUGUAGGUAUACUAUUUUUCUGUUCGACAUAGCCGGUAACUUCGUUUAGCGUAGCGGGCUGAAAGUUACGCAAGGCAAAAAAACUAUACUUAUUUUUUAAUUUUGAUUCGUGUCACAGAUUAAAUAUAAGAUCAUACCAUCCCAUACAUUAAAAUGCGACCGCCUAAGAACGCGCAUACACUACACCAC